GUGUACAAGAUAUCUCCAAGUGUCAAAAGGCAAGUACAGAUGUACAGGUAUGUGGAGGUCGUCGAGAGCGGAACAGGGUACCUGGUCCUUACUAUCCUUUCCCUUGGGCUAGGAUCCUUCGGUCCCGAUAUGUCGGCAAGGGUCCUGUGGACUUGCGUGGCACUUGUUCUCUUGGAUUCGUUGUCCAAGGUGCUUAGGGGGUUCAUACACAAAGUGUACUUCCAUGGCAUGUCUUGUGCUCAGGUCGCUGUCGGUCAAGGCAUUUCUUCCCGCGUCGUUCUGGGAAGCUUCACCCUGCUGAACGGGAAAGUUCGGUCCACGUUCGCGUACGUGGCGCUCAGCGCGUUCGUCCGUCUCUGCGCGAUGGUAGCCCAGAUUAUUCUCGGCGUCUUCCUUUAUAAGGCCAUUCCUGAGGUGAAAGGCCACCCAGAUUACGACAAAGAUUGGUCACUGAAGCGCCUGCACGAGUUCCUCGUCGUAACUUGCUCUUGUCUCUUUCUGCACACUGUCCUCAUGGAGGUUCUCAUUCUUUUCAGCUCGUAUUGCGCCUUGAAACGCUUCUGGCUCGACCAUCUGAAGGGGCUUUGUGCCUUUCGGACACGUUGCCCGGCCAGUCUAGACUUCGAAAAUCUCCAUCAAACACCGGAUUUCCCUCUUUGGGAGAGGCUGGAGAGGAUACGUGCCGAGAUGGAAAUGGGAGUGACGUGGUACGUUCACUGCGGACGUCAUUUCUGGUUCAGUCAUGUCGAAGCCUAUUCAUACAAGGAAGACUGUGGCCUGCCUGGGUACUGGUUCCACAGUGUGAAGGAGCUGGUGGAUAUGGUGCGGGACAACCUUCCCAGAUUGUCUGAAGAGAAGAGCACACGACAAGGAAGAAGAGGGAGAGCUGUGGGGAAGGUGUCGAUGGCGCUUGCAUCGUUGUUGGAGUUAUCACUGAAGCCGAAACCGUGCGACAGUGAGCUGUUUGCAUAUGCUGCUGCGGAGGAGGAGGAGUUGGUGGAUCACAUGCAGGAUCUUCCGCAGACUGCUCGCUGCAGGCAUGACGUUGACGCUGGUCUGGACUUCGCUCGGGCCCACGGGUACCUGGCGAUGCUGCAGGUCCUCAAAUGCUGUCCUCCAAAUUCUGACGAGACCAGACUAGCUGCCUCCAUCGUUGCAGGGUUCGCUUCCGGCCUCUCUGUUCUCCCUUGGCAGCCAUGUUCGUCCAGGUGUGGACGGGAGGGGUGUAGACAGCACGGCCCCUUGGAGAUGCUGGCGGAUGACGACUUCUGGUACGUAACAGUCGAUCUGCUGCACGAGUUCCGUCGUCAAAUCACUUCAAGCGAGUGCGCUCCCACCACCAUCUCUCGUCCCUGGGCGGAUCACUGCACACCGUUGCCAGCCAAUGCCAAUCCUGACGAGCUGACAGCAGCUGCAGCUUCCGCAAUAAGCUCUUUCGCCCAGGCUGCAAGCGACAUACAUGCUCACCUCCAUGGACAUCGUCGACCAUGUACUCAACCGAAUCCAUUGCCAGCAAUAGAUGGCACGAAACCUCAACAAGAUGAGGUCGAUAAGGGCUAUGUGCGCAGACUGAGCAACGGGUACACUACUCUGAGUGCCGACGGUUGGCCUCUGGAAACCCGCCACCCGGAUUUCCAGGUAGCCAACGAUGUGUGGGUGAAUGGAGUUCUAUCUGUCCUGAUGAGGACGGAUACGGUGGAUGCGUUGCUCCAGCUUGCCAGCAAGUCAGACAAGCUACUAGACAACCUGUCCUGUAAUGCUGUUGCGCACUCAAUCAGGACCCUCUCGGCGCUCUUUUCCCGCAGGAUGAUCACGUGGCACCGCUUUGACGAUCGGCUGUUGGAGCAUUUCCCCCCGCCUAUGGCUUCCAUUUACCAGCUCAGCAACAAAGACAUCGUUAAGGACAAACUGAAACGCUUGAUUGGGCUUUGCAGCGAGCCCCAGGUCCAUCCACGGGAUCUGGCUGGUACCGUUCAGUCUGUCUCAUCGAGGCUUCAGCUGGCCAAGAUCCUGAUCUCUCAGGGCAUCCGUGAUGUUGAUGAGGAGGUGGCUGAGAUGUUGCUGCAGUGUAUCGGUAACUGGCGACGAGCCUUGGGUCCCAGAGACGUAGACUGGCUCACCUGCGAGGCCAUCGAAACCCUUCGUGACCUGUUCGUCACCUCUAGUCAGAAAUCUGCUCUUCAACCCCUCAUUUGGUGCUCGCCGGGGGGAGUUAACUGCCUCCGGUUGAUGCUCAACGAUGACCGUAAGAUCUUUGACCAUCCCCUGCUCGAAGACCUGCUGCAUCCUGAGAUGGAGUCUCAGAAGAUAUGGUCCUCAGACGUCGGGACUCAUAAGAACAGUUGUGUGGCAGCGGCUGCAGGUCUCCUGGCAGAGCUGAUGAAGUCACCGGAGAAGGGGAGCAGCUUCUUGCCCAAGGCUGCAGACAAUCGUCAGUUCUACACCACGUUAUUCAUGAGCUUAUCUUCCAUCCUUGACCCUGAAAAGAUGCAUACUCACACAGACUUGGCAAAUGCAAGCUCAUCCUGGGACGAGAGCGCUUCGCGGUCGUGGGCAUUCUACCUUCCCCAGUUCAACCUCACAGCUCGCUUUGUCCUCCUUUUUUGGGAGUCCUUAGGAAACCCAGCGUGGAGGCCGGCAUUUGGCCUCUUUGAGAACAUCAACUCGUUCGUUAAUGAAGGUGCAGAGAACCGGAUGGAAAACUUCGAGCUAGCAGUGAACUCUCUUCUCGCCACAAGGUAUGCUGUCACCAUCGCCGAUCUUGUGCUGGCACGGCAUCCAGAAUUUGUCCAGUCCCAGAUUGACCAUACUAUUGUGACCGCAUGCUUCCCUCCCUUGGUCCGGUUCCUCACAAGGUCCAUCCCGAGGCUGCAACGAUGCUUGGGGCUUGAGGCAUGGGAAGACGAACUGCACUGUGAGAUCAAGAACCAGGCGGCCCACGUGCUGUUUUGGAUCCUUCCUCGGGUCUAUCAACUGCAGUUCGCUGCACCUUCACGAUCGCUUUCUGCUGGGAACAGCCGGGCCAGGCGGCCGACAAUGGAUCCCAACACCAAGGACUUGUGGUCGCGAGCUCAAGACAGAGUGGGCCUCGCCUUGGAAGAACUUCAAAAGUGGGCGGGGUUGCAGCAUGCACGUACAAAGCUAGCGGUGACAUCGCACGGCACAACAGCUUCAACAAGCACGGAACAGAGUACCGACAUUGCGCAUGAUCUUGCCGAGCUUGUUAAGGAGUUGACUCCGAGUUCAAGUGCCUCGAUCCCUUUUCCUGGUUCUGAUGAGAGAGCAGGUGUCACUGACAUAGAAGCUGGUGACUUGCCACCCGACAAGGCACACCGCGAGGUUGUAUGACUUAGGGGAAGGAUCUACAGUUCGCUAGAGCCUAGAGGCUAGAGGGGCACUGGUCUGAGGAGAGUUCCGCAUGGAGGGCUUACUGUCAGUGCAUGCGCUGGGACAGCUCUGCAGACUGCAGGUGGUCCGAGGUGGACUCUUGCCAAAUUGCCAAUUAUGAAGGUAGAGCUAACUCUUUUACUCAGGAGUCAGAACCAAACUACCGUCUUCACCCAAAUAGAACGCCCGGUUAUUAUAGUUGUAUCUGAACUGAAAGGUGCACCGGGCGUUCUAUUUGGGUGAAGACGUUAGGAAACAAACAUAACUGUCCGAG